CUUCAAGUCAAGUUCAACUGCUAGUGUUAUUGGUAUUCUCCUCUCCGUUUUUACUGUUCUUUUCAUCAAAUUUUUUCGGGAUGCUUUCGCUUUUCGCUCGUCAGGUUGCAUCCAAUCUUCUCGUGCUGCGCACCAAUGUUUUGUCUUCAUCAGUAUUGACUUCAUCCGCAUUCGUUGCUACGCGUCGUACGUUCUUCACCACGCGUCUUAUCCAGCUGCCAGCCGCUGCAUCCAAAAGCGCAUCGACCACAACGAAGAAAACCACAAAGAAAACCACAGCCACAAAAGCUGCUCCAAAGAAGGCGAAAGCCACUAAGAAAGUAAAGUCCAAACCGAAGUCAGCAACGAAAUCCAAGAAGACGGUCGAGCCCUCUGCUCCCAAGAGGGUGCCCAAGUCUGAGCAGCCUCCUUCGCGUCCCCCUAAUGGCUAUCUGCUUUUCUUCUCGAAGCUCGUCCAAGACCGUAAAGGAGAAAUGAAGGAUACUUUGGCCACCCAAGAUUUGGCAAAAGAAGCUGCAGUUAUGUGGAACGGCUUUACUCUUGCGGAGAAACAGCCUUACUACAAUGAGGUUGAAGUGUUGAAGAAGCAGUAUGAAGAAAAGCUAUUUGACUAUUGGAAGACUGCUUCUCCGAAAACCCUCAGGGAAAUAAAUGCGCGUCGUAAACAUGACGGGAGAAAAAAGAUUCACCGACCUCAGCAAGAGCAUGACUAUAAGCGCCCCAAGGGAGCUUUCUUUAGAUUCAUGGAACAGUUCCGUCAAUCAGAUGAUGGUAGAGCCAUCCGAGAAGCUGGAGACACUGCCACAGGUAGAGCAACGGUCAAUAUUGCUCGUGAGGCCGGUGCGCGAUGGAGGGCAAUGAGCGCCUCUGACAAGGCUCCCUAUGUGGAAGCUUACCAGACAGAGCGUAGUGACUGGCAAGCAAAGCAACUCAGCAACAGUGCAUCUUCGUAGGAGCUUAUAUGUCAGGAAAUUCCGCAUGCAUCAGUCCCUCUGCCAUUCCGUUAUUAUUCAGUUUCCAUCAUCGCUUACCUACUUCAUCGCCCACGUUCAACUCAAUGAGUUGAUUUUUAUUGCA